UUUGUGUACUGUAUCCUCGGCCAUCUGGAAACACAUCCGAGAGGCAGACAACAAAACGACGACACUCUGGCCCUCAGAGCGUCACUACUGCUAACAAACAACAUCAUUAAUAACAGCAUUGACAGUUCCUCACGAAGAUCAAUCAAUCAAUCAUCUUUGCCCCCAAACUCCGUUCAUCAUGGCGAAAGUGCUCAGUCCAUCAAAGAUGGCACACGUCGUGUUACGGACAGGACAGUUUGACAAGAUGCGCGAGUUCUACAAGGCGUUCCUCGGUGGACAAGCAUCGUACGAGAACGACUUCAUUAGCUUCAUCACAUACGACGACGAGCACCACCGCAUCGCACUGAUCUCGGUUCCCGGAACGGGGCCCAAGAUCCGUACGAGCGCCGGACUCGAGCAUAUCGCCUUCACGUACGAGAGCCUCGCGGAUCUGACGCUGGCAUAUCAGCAGCGGAAAGCGCUGGGCAUCGAACCCGUGUGGUGCGUUAACCAUGGGCCGACGACGUCCAUCUACUACCAAGACCCGGAUGGGAAUCAGCUCGAGACGCAGGUUGAUAACUUCGAUACGGUGGAGGAGGCGACGGCGUUCAUGACGGGGCCUUUCUUUGGGGAGAAUGCGAUCGGGACGGACUUUGACCCUGAGGAGUUGAUCCGCCGGCUCCAAGCGGGGGAGGAUGAGAAGCUGCUCAAGAAGAGGGUCGAAAUUGGCCCGCGGGGGUUGCCGAGUGAGAUCUUUUAAGUGGUUGAGCUGGGCGUGGCUGCGGGGGAUAUCAAACGCCUCAAAUGUGGGGUUUUGGCCUACUGGCCAAAGAGUUGAAAAGUAGGGGGCAGAAUCAGGUCUGUGAUAGUCAAAUGUACCUGUGGAAAACCAUCUUCCCUUCAACUUAUUGUCGUCAGAAUAGUAGGGAUGUACUAUCGAUGUGCUUUCUUGAGAGAACAGUUUGGACUGGCCAGGAAAGGUCAUCCCUGCUUGUGUUGGGAUUCCCUGGGCUCGAGAUUGGUAUUCUCCUGUAUACAUCAUAUGCGAAAUAAUGUAUUUGACAUGCUCUUCGGUGAGGGAUGUCUCAGAGCAAUUCUUCAUAUCGUACAAUUCACUGUGGCGAGAGG